CAUCCGGGACAUUGCAAUGGAACAUUGGUAAUGGCGGUCAAGGUGGCAACUUAGCAUGAGGAGAUUUGCACACCAAGAACAAGUUUGAAUCGAAUGAAACGUAAUAAUUUUAUGUUUUUGAGAUAAGUUUGAUCGCAACAAUGCAGAAUGUUACCUCAGAUGAAAAUGUAUCAACAAAUAAAAACAUUAGAACGGUCGAAAUCGAGCAAGGUAGUCAGACAGUACCGUAUCCAUCGCUAGAGAAAAACGAAGCCAUACAGUCCUCGCAGUCAACAUUUGGUCAAGACAUAAGUGAUGAUGACGAGGUUUCUGAUGUUGGUUCUUUUAUAAUGGAUCAUGACAUUGAUGAAGAAGACCAGGAUAUCGAACCAAAAUUUCUUUUACCAACAGAAGGAAUAGAGGCAUCAAACAUCCCUUCAAUAGACCCUGAGACCCACGCCCGACUAGAGGCAUUACUGGAGGCAGCAGGUUUAUCUUCAGGCAUAGGAAAGCUAUCAACAGCUGAUGGUAAAGCUCUGACAGACCCUGAAGUAUUAAGGAAACUGACGUCCUCAGUCAGCUGUGCACUGGAUGAAGCAGCUCAGGCCCUGCACAGAAUGAGAGCUGGCCAGCAGGGGCAGUUAACAGGAGCAGAGGGUUCCAGGUCCCUGGCUGAAGCCUGCAGUGACGGGGAUGUACCAACAGUCCGUAAACUGUUACACGAGGGAGGAAGUGUUCAUGAAACCACUGAAGAAGGAGAAAGUCUACUUUCACUAGCAUGCUCAGCUGGCUAUUAUGAACUGGCCCAAGUCUUAUUGGCAAUGAAGGCAAAUGUAGAAGACAGAGGGGUCAAGGGAGACUGUACCCCUCUAAUGGAGGCUGCCAGUGGGGGAUAUGUGGACAUUGUUAAACUUCUCAUCACACAUGAUGCAGAUGUCAAUGCACAGUCCUCUGCAGGCAAUACCCCCUUGCACUAUGCUGCAUGUGGUGGGUUUGAAGAUGUAGUGCAAGAAUUAAUUGAAGCCGGAGCCAAUGUUGAACAGCACAACGAGAAUGGACACACCCCAUUGAUGGAAUCAGCCAGUGCGGGACAUGUAGGUGUGGCCAGAAUUCUCCUGGCUGCUGGGGCAGGAAUCAACACCCACUCUAAUGAAUUUAAGGAGAGUGCUCUCACCCUAGCUUGUUAUAAGGGGCAUUUAGAAAUGGUGAAGUUUUUGCUGGAAGCCGGGGCAGAUCAAGAGCACAAGACAGAUGAGAUGCACACAGCAUUAAUGGAAGCUUCAAUGGAUGGACAUGUAGAGGUGGCACGUCUUCUGCUGGACAGUGGUGCCCAGGUCAAUAUGCCAGCUGACAGCUUUGAGUCUCCCCUGACUCUGGCAGCCUGCGGAGGCCAUGUUGAUCUGGCGGCCCUGCUGAUUGAGCGGGGAGCUAAUCUAGAGGAGGUGAAUGAUGAGGGAUACACUCCUCUAAUGGAGGCUGCCAGAGAGGGUCAUGAGGAAAUGGUCGGAUUACUUCUGGCCAAUGGGGCUUACAUUAAUGCUCAGACAGAGGAGACCCAGGAGACAGGACUAACCCUGGCUUGUUGUGGGGGAUUCCUAGAAGUGGCAGACUUCCUGAUUAAAGCAGGAGCUAACAUCGAGUUGGGCUGUAGCACCCCAUUGAUGGAGGCUGCACAAGAAGGACAUCUAGAUCUUGUGCGGUAUCUCUUGAAAGCAGGUGCAAACGUCCAUGCUACCACUGGGACUGGAGACACCGCUCUGACAUAUGCUUGUGAGAAUGGUCACACUGAUGUUGCAGAGGCUCUUCUGGAGCAUGGGGCUGAACUGGAACAUGAGUCAGAGGGAGGUAGGACACCACUGAUGAAAGCUGCUAGGGCUGGCUAUCUCUGUACAGUGCAAUUUCUCAUCAGCAAAGGAGCUGAUGUGAACCGUGCAACUUCCACCAAUGACCACACUGUUCUUUCCCUUGCCUGUGCUGGUGGACAUCUUGCUGUUGUUGAACUCCUCCUGGCACACGGAGCUGACCCAGCCCACAAACUUAAGGAUGGGUCCACAAUGAUCAUUGAGGCUGCCAAAGGUGGGCAUACACAGGUUGUCAAGCUGUUGUUGGAGUAUCCAAACAGAGUACUUAUGAAUUCCCCUGAAUCUGCCCUUGUACCAUCUGAGAGCAACAUUCCUGAGUCACGUGUACCUGUGCAGGGCCUGGGAAACAUUGUUCCUCCUAGCGAUCCCAAUUCCUCUCCUGCCCAGAAUAACAUUACCUCUCUCCAAACAGCUGCACAAAAUGUGAUAAAGAAGGCGAGUGAGAAGGAUGUGAAUCUACCGCUGAGAAAUCCUGACCAGGUGUGGAAAAACAUGCAGAAGUCUGUAGGAAAAAGAAACCAUAACAACAGUGGGGGUGACGGUUCCAGUAAACCCAGCAAAACCACAAACAUACCUCCUCCACCCCCUCCCCCAGCCGUCACCCCUCAGCCCGGGGACAGUACACCAACGCCCCCACAGUAUGGGGACAUGGGGAAUCUACCAGACGAGUCGCUGGAUGUCAAGGCCAGUGAAAGAUUAGAGGCAAUCAUCAAUAAUGUUAUGGCCAAAGAACUAGAUAGCACCUCAGCCACUCGGGAGGAACAGAUCCUCAGGAAGCAGCAGAUUCUUCAUGAGCUUCAGAAGGUGGAGAAAGAGUUGCAGGAGAAAGCCCAGGCGCAGUUGUUCUUGAGUGCUCAGCAUCAGCUGGAGCAGCAGCAGCAACAGCAACAUCUGCAACACGUCUUGCAACAAGGGGCUAAAGUUCUACAGCGAACUCUGGAAGUACAGGUCAAAAUAAAACAGGAGGAGAGCAGUGCAGAGGGGUCAUCAUCAGAAGAGAAAGUAGAAGGUGAAUCACCGGCCAGUCCUCAGCCCUCCAAUGACCUUGAUAAACAAGUGACAAGUCUCUUACCAGCGGAUGUUGCAGCUAGCGGCCAGAUUGUAUUCCCAAAUAUACCAUACGAUUCCAAUCUGUUACCAGCAUCAUCUAGUCAGCCCAUGAGUCUGCCUUCUCCAGCUUCAUCUGAAGCCAGCACACCAAAGGAGAGUAAAGACUGGCCGCGCAAUAACGGAAACACCCCAAAACGUGGAGCCAAUGGUAAAGGUGGCAACAGAGUAAAAACUCCUAGUUCCAGUGCUCCCACCACACCAACUGCAACUUCAGCUCCUUCGAAUAUGCUACCUGGAGAUCAGAACAAAGGAAACCAGUCCAACCAGCAAGUUGCUCAAUCCCCGGCUGGUAUCCAGUCUCCAGCCAACAACAACUCUGCUGUGGCCCUGGCAACCUACAGACAACAGAUCCAGAAUAUUGUGCUUCGUCAUCAACAACAGCAACAGUUGCAACUACAACAGCAACAACAAAAUCCCCAGCAACAGCAGAAUCAAUCCCAACAACAAACCAUCCAGUUUCCACAGCUCCCUCAACUACAACUGACUCCAGAACAACAAGAACACCUACUUACCAUGUUGUCCCAACAAACCUUCCAACCCCAGAUAACCAAUCCCUCUAUAUCCUGUCAGCAGAUGCCCCAGCAGAUCCCACAACAACAGUUUGCACAGCAACCCAUGAUCCAGCAACCCCUUCAGCUGAUCCAGCCACCACAGCCAAUGACUCAGCAACAACAACAGCAACUCCUGCAGCAGCAGCAACAAGCUCAGAUAUUGACCCAGCAGUUACAACAGCAGAUCAAACCUCCACAACCCGCACCGCCACAAACAGCCCAGGUACAAAAGAACACUCGCACCAAGCGACAUCUGUACACCAAUCAACAGCAGGCGACAGGCAAUGGGAACAUGCAGGGUGUUGAGACCAUAACUCCCCCACCUUCCACACCACUGACCCCCAAUCCCUCUCCAGCCUCACCUCAGAGUAUCUCCCCACUGUGUACCCCAGAUCUAGACUCCCAGACGGAGAGCAAUCAUGACACUGCACUGACAUUAGCCUGUCAUGGGGGACACUCGGAGCUCGUCAACCUCCUGUUGUCAAAAGGAGCCGACAUUGAGCAUAGAGACAAGAAAGGUUUCACUCCAUUGAUUCUGGCUGCAACAGCAGGUCAUGUUGAUGUUGUUGAAAUCUUGUUGGAAUCAGGAGCAGAUAUGGAGGCUCAGUCAGAGAGAACAAAAGACACCCCACUCUCUCUGGCUUGUUCUGGUGGAAGAUACGAGGUGGUUGAGCUGUUGCUUUCGAAAGGUGCCAACAAGGAACACAGGAAUGUUUCUGAUUACACCCCUCUAAGUCUGGCUGCCUCAGGAGGAUAUGUAAACAUCAUCAAACUUCUCCUGUCUCAUGGGGCAGAAAUCAAUUCCAGGACUGGAAGUAAACUAGGCAUUUCUCCUUUGAUGUUGGCUGCGAUGAAUGGGCACACUGCAGCAGUGAAGCUCUUACUGGACAUGGGAAGUGACAUCAAUGCGCAGAUUGAGACAAACAGAAACACAGCUUUGACAUUAGCCUGUUUCCAAGGCAGACAUGAAGUAGUGAGUCUACUGGUAGAUCGAAAAGCCAAUAUUGAACACAGAGCUAAGACUGGUCUUACUCCACUGAUGGAGGCUGCCUCUGGAGGUUACGUGGAAGUAGGUCGAGUGUUGCUGGACAAAGGGGCUGAUGUCAACGCUCCACCUGUACCUUCCUCCAGGGACACUGCUCUGACUAUUGCGGCAGACAAAGGACACUACAGAUUUGUAGAACUCCUUUUGUCAAGGAAUGCUGCAGUUGAUGUGAAGAACAAGAAGGGGAACUCUCCUCUUUGGCUUGCGUGCAAUGGAGGACAUUUAGACGUUGUUCAGUUACUGGUAUCAGCAGGGGCUGACAUUGACAGUCAAGACAAUCGGAAGGUCUCUUGCUUAAUGUCCUCAUUUCGGAAAGGUCACGUGAAGGUUAGCAAGUGGAUGGUGAAGCAUGUAAAUCAGUUUCCAUCAGAUCAGGAGCUGUCCAGAUACAUCGCUACUGUUUCUGAUAAGGAACUGCAGAAGAAAUGUCAGCAGUGUAUGGAGAUCAUUGUAAGUGCUAAAGAUCGACAAGCCGCGGAGGCCUUCAAAAACGCCAACAUUCUACUGGAGGAGUUAGACAAGGAGAGACAACACGAGGAAAACAAGAAAGCAGCAGCUGCCAAAAAGAGAGAGAGAAAGAAGAAGAAAAAGAAGGAGAAACAGCAGGAGAAAGACGUCAAAGAUCCAGAGGAGGAGGAAGAAGACACAAACAGCAAUAGUAAGAACUCCACCCCAGAACCUGAAAAUUGUGAGGAUGACCAUUACCAUCCAGAAAAGGAAGAAAAAUUAGAUCUUGAGGAAAGGAUCCCAAUGACUCCCCCUACUGCCACUGUUGUGUCGACCAUGGGCACUUUGUUACCAACUGCCAGUGAACCAGCUUAUAGCAAAUCAGGGAGAAACAAGAAUAACAAUCGCAUUGCUGAAACAUCUACCAUAAGUUCAACAGAAUCCAGAAAGAACAAGCGAAAUCGCAAGGAGAAGGAGAGAGUAUCAGAUGUAGAGAAUGUCCCUGUACCAGUCACCAGCACCCGGACUCUGAGUACCACUACCACUUCUAACCACUCAGCGGGACACGAGAGUGUGAACAGGAAGAAAAAGGGCGACAACUCAGCCUCAUCAGCAUUUGGAUCUGGUAUUGGAGAUUUGGAUGACUUUGGUACUCUGCCAGCGAGCUUGAAAAUCAGUGAUAGAGAAGUGGAGAAAUUGAGAAAGAAUGUGGAGAAAACCAAGCCUGAUAAGUCAGACCAUGUGUUGCAUGUCAACAAACAGAAUGGUGAAAAUGUGACACCCUCUGUUCACAGCCUUCAUGUGAAGUCAACUCCUGUGAUAGCAAGCCCAAAGAAAGGUCAGAAGAAGGAAGAGGGAUGGAAAGAAGUCGUUAGAAGACCAGUCUCGUGCAAGUCCAAGAAAGUGCAAGUGCCCUCAUCUGCCAUCAGUCGUGUAAUCGGUCGAGGGGGUUGUAACAUCAAUGCUAUACGAGAGGUAUCAGGAGCACAUAUUGAAGUAGAGAAGCAGCGUGGAUCUGGAGAGAGGGUCAUUACCAUCAGAGGCACUGUGGAAGGAACCAAGCAAGCUCAUACCCUCAUUUCUGCUCUGGUAGCAGAUCCAGACAAGGACUUGCUGGAACUUCUACCUAAAAAUAAGAACAAGACCAGUACUAAAGACCAGUCCAUGUUCUUUAUUCCAGAGACUGUAUUGCCUCCCGCAACAACACAUGGCCAGACGUCAUCUUCCAACACAAAAACAUCCUCUAACACCAGAAAUAUGGGACCUCGGGGUCAAAAUCAGUCAAGCAGUGCACGAUCCCAAACAACUGUCAGUAGCUCUGUUCCGAGUUCAAUGGUGUGGGGUGGUCCACCAACACAACCACCUAUUCCAUCUCCAAGGAGGAAUCAACCAAAACAGACUCCAUCAAUUCAACUAGGGCAGACGAACCCAGAGAAAAAUGUCACUCGCCAACUGUUUCCUAAUGAAACAAAGAAUAGAGGAGGGUUUGGAGUACCUCUCAGUACCAGUAGUAACACGUCAGGUUCUUAUACUCUGGCUUCUUCUACCUCCAAAGUGACGACCUCGGGUUCCCCUGUUUUUACCAUUAAAUCUGAUACCAGUAAGCAACCAUUGCCAAACAAGCCAGUACAGAUACGACCACCUGUUCCAGGGAAUGUCAAGGUACUGCAGCGACCAGGCAGUCACAAACAGGAUCCACAACCAUUGCCCAUCAUCAGUGGACAGCAGAAUGGACCUACUGCUCCAAAUGUAAUGGGGCCAAACGGACAAUUUAUGCCACCUAAUUCUCAUGCUGGCUCGUUUUCACCUUUUAAUAAUAUCUUCAGCAAUUAUGCUGAUCAGCUCUUGAAGAAGGAAGAUGCCUCUGAGAGGAUGAAUUUUGCCAGUGUAGCAGCAGCAGGUGUGAUAGGCAGCCUUACCACUUCCAGUGCUGCCUCAGAUUUAGCUCCAACAAAAGUCGAUCCUCAACUUCAGGCUAAAGCACCUGGAUUCAGACCUGUCAGAAACCCAUCCCCACAGGAUUUGGAAAUGAGAUUUAAAGGAAUGCAAAUGCCUCCUCAGAUGAUGAAUGAAAUCGACAGUAGAAUGUUCCGCACUGGUAUGCCCAGUCAAUCCCCCUCAAUGUCUCCAAGAUCUAGUACGUCUACACCUAAUACCAACAUGUCCCCACGAAAUCAGACGAAUGCUAGUAUUGAUCCUGGUCACAUUUCAUCUACAGCUGGUCAGAAAGAGGAAUAUUCAACACCUUCUCAACCUAUGACUCUGCCAAAGAUUGAGAGUACGCUCAAUCCAAAUGCUCCAGAUUUCACGUCUCGCCAAGCCGGAGCUCCACCCAAUCACCCCGGAGGAAGCAUGCCACCUAACAACUUGGCUAUGGGAUAUCUUCUGUACCAACAGGCACUUGCUCAGCAGCUGCAAAACUUAGGUGGCCCAGGACCUAACUUGUUGUCACCAGGGAUGAUAUCACAGCAGGAAUUUGCCAACUUGAUCCAUCAGUUUGUGGCAAGUGGACAGGCUCAGCCUCCUGCAGGAUCCUCCCCUUCAGUGGGGGUCCCGACAAGUGGCAACACGGUCCCCUCAGGUCUGGGAGUCCCAGGACAACCUCCUGUCCCACCACGCCCCUUCUCUCCUCUUACACAAGGCCGACCCAGUAGUGCUCCAUUAAUGAGUGGGAUGCCAAGAGAUGGGAAUUCCCCUGGUCCAAUUGGUCCCCCACCACCAGCUGCAUCACCCCUCACUGUGUCCCCCCAGCUGUCUGACCAGAUCAAGCCGGAGGAUCGGAGGCCUGUAGGACCUAUAGGAGGAGAGAGACCAAUGGGUCCUAUAGGGGGAGAGAGGGCGCAGCGCCGUGCCCCUGGCCCCAUUCCAGCACCUCCCAUGUCCAACGCUAGCGACUACAGUCCAGCUUUCUGGAACAUUGCGAAUGAACUGAGCAUGCAGUGGGGGCCUGUGAGUACAGCCUCCUCAAUACAUGACACCAGUUCCUCGGCAAUCACCUCCAGUGAAACUUCUCUUAAAAAUCAUGCUGAUUUUUUGGAAGGGAGAGACAUUUCUGACCAACAAAUGGACAAAGUUCUGAAUCAGAGUAGCUCUAUGGGUAUGGAGUACUACAGUAAGGGUAUUGGUCAGGGAGGUGGUCAGUUCUCUAUGGCUCAGCAGAGCUUUAUUCCUGGUCCAGUGGGGGAUGGAAUACCAAACAAUAACAUGUGGAAUCCUCAGGUGAAGGGACAGGUGUCGGAAGCUUCCGAUAAAGUGAUGUGGAAUUCCUGGAGUUCACAGACCAGCAUGUAAUGGUUGAUUUUAUCCGAAAAGGAUGUGGCUAUUAUUCCCAGAGAGAAUUUUUGUUAAUUGGUUUGAUUUUGACAGUGAUGACACAUGUAAUAUGAUUAUUCUUUAUGUAGCAUGUGAACAUGAAAUCGUCUUGUAAUAUGACUGUAGACAUGAAAACAGAAUGCUUGCAUCAUUUUCCUUGUUAUUUGUCAAAGCUGAUAGCAAUUCCCAUUUGAAGGAAAAAAUCUAGUUGUAUGUAUUCAAGGUGUAUAAAUAAAAAGUACCUUGGAAUUCA